UUCAAUCCUCUGUCAUUGGUGACAGCGCGCGAUGACAAUGCACCGCUAGGGGACCACAGUUUACGCACUGGCACCUUCAGUGGGACACCGACUGUGAAAAGCUUCUGUCCACUGUUAACGCGAUGGAGAACUCAAGCGUGGUGGUCACGGUUGUUCCAACUGCUGGCCAAACAGAAUUCCUCAACUUCACCAUGAAUGACACCCUCUCCCGACUCUCAGAAAGCUUCUCGGAGGAACUCGCCAUGGCAGGAUUACGCGUAAGGAACAACCCGGUAUCUCUGAAAGCCAGCACCCUCAGUACUGCCUUUGCUGCUGGGCUUCGGGCUAAGCUGCCGCCGACGGAACCCGCUCACCUGGUGGUUGCCUUUUGGGAUUCCCCGCUAAGUCACGGAAUCAAUGUGUUUGUGGGGAUUGUCCUGUGCUUCACCAUGCUGGGGCUAGGGUGUACGGUAGACGUUAGCCAGCUUGGGGAGCAUAUCCGCAGACCCAUCGGGGUGCUGCUGGCGCUGGUGUGUCAGUUCGUCAUCAUGCCCCUGGUCGCCUUCCUGCUAGCUUUGGCAUUCUCGCUCGACGACGUGGCGGCUAUGGCCGUGCUACUGUGUGGCUGCUGUCCAGGAGGAAACCUAUCCAACAUCAUGUCCUUAUUAGUGAACGGGGAGAUGAAUCUGAGCAUUAUCAUGACCAUCUCCUCCACGGUCCUAGCACUGGUGCUAAUGCCGCUGUGUCUGUGGAUAUACAGCCGCGCCUGGAUCAACACCCCCGUGGUCAACCUGAUGCCGUUCGGCGCGAUCAUCCUCACCCUCUGUAGCACCCUCAUACCCAUCGGCCUGGGGGUCGUGCUCCGAUACCGUUACAACCGGGCGGCCGACAUCGUUUUAAAGGUGUCUCUGUGGUCUUUGCUGGUGACCCUGGUGAUGCUGUUCAUCAUGACGGGGGCCAUGUUGGGGCCAGAGCUGCUGGCCACCAUCCCUCCAUCUGUCUACAUGGUGGCUGUCCUGAUGCCUGCCUGUGGCUACGCUGCAGGCUACGGCCUGGCCACCCUCUUCGAUCUCCCGCCCAACAUCCGCAGGACCGUGUCACUAGAGACCGGGUGCCAGAACGUGCAGCUCUGCACAGCCAUCCUGAAGAUGGCCUUCCCACCACAGCUGAUGGGGGGCAUGUAUAUGUUCCCUCUGCUCUACGCCCUCUUCCAGGCAGCCGAGGCUGGCAUCUUCAUCCUGGCCUACCGGAUGUACAGGAAAGAGGUUCUACACAAACCAGACACAAACCCACUGGGGGACAAUGGGGAUAUUGGAUAUAAUAGGUUUGAAGAUGAAGAUAUGGGCUUUGACACUUCUUACGGGGCAGUGACCACAAGUGACCCAAAUCUCAUCAUGUUAGAGCCUUGUCCGGAUGCGACUCCUGUUUAGUGUGCAUGAUACAAUGAUAGC